AUGAGCUCACAUUGUCUACCAAUCAAUCACUAUAUCUUUGUCAAGACUGCAUGGAAACUUGCGACAUCCGGUGACCCCCACGGCGCUAUAUUUCUGAUGAAUAAAAUUAGUACCUCGCAAUGGGGCUCAAAGUGGAAUGUUGUAGGACUGACAACAUUACUGCAUGCAUACACCCUGAUCAGAGAUCUCAAGGGAAUGAGAUGGGUUGUGGAAACGAUGGAGGCAGAGCAGGAAAUGCCCGAUAGGCUAUUCAUGCGAUAUCUCCGGCGAGCCAAAGAGGUUUCCGAAAGUCAAGAAGACGAAGCCUUCAUAUCGUGGCUUGUUGUGCGAUGUGUAAAGCAUCGGGAGGCGCUGAAGGAGCGCGAGGCAGACGACAAGGCACGGGAGAUUCUGCAGUUCUUUGAAGGACUAGAGGGGAAGCCGAAGAUCGUAUUGAAGAAGAGAGAUACGCAGGGGGGAGGGCGUCGUCAAUACUAG